UAACACGACAGGGGUGACAAGAGUUCUCACUGCCGUGUACCGACCGAUACGACCCAGCCAGGAAGGUUAAAUCUAGAUGUUCCUCAAAACUAACAAACAUACGUAUACGAAGAAGGACCCAUUGUUCAUUACUUAAGGGAAUUGAAAGAACUGCUGAUAUUCUUACAAGGUGUUUCCAUGACGUGAGGACACCGCCCUUACGAGCGCCACGACUUCACCAUGGAGCAUCCGGGUUCUUCCCCUGGGUAUUCCAGGUUUACUGACACCGGUGAGAACAGUUCGGACUCUCUGAACAAACCAGCACAUCGGCAGUUACAAGAAACUGGGUCAGCCUUCGAGCCCCCAACAGACGAUCAGAUGUUUCAUGUGAGCGAUGACAACUAUGGGGUAUUUGAAAGUGGCCGAGACUAUGAGCCUGUGUACGUUACUCACAAGUACACAGAAAAGGAGAAGGAAACUCUAGCUUCCUUCGAGAGCUUGGAUUAUCUCCCUUCACACAGCUUCGUGUACAAGCGAUGGAUCAGAAAACAAGCUAUCGGCAGAUUGGAGCUGGACCGCUGGCUGAUGAUGGGGAUGAUCGGCUUCAGUGUCGGCUUCAUCGGCUUCCUGCUGCAUCAGCUGAUCGAGGUCAUAGCCAAGGUCAAGUGGGACAAUAUACAGAAGUUCCUUGACCAGGACCAGAUGGGUAUUGCGUGGGUGUUCGGCGUCGCCUACAGCGUCAUCUUCAUCAGCUUUAGUGCCGGCAUCGUUGUGUUCUGGAGACCAAGUGCAAGUGGCUCUGGCAUCCCGGAAGUGACCGGCUUUCUGAAUGGGACACAUGUACAUCAUAUCUUCAACUUCCGGACAAUGAUUGUCAAGUUCCUUUCAUGCGUGGCAGCGAUUGGCUGUGGGAUGCCAGUCGGCCCCGAGGGUCCAAUGAUCCAUUUAGGAGGGCUGGUCGGAGCUGGAUUGAGCCAGGCAAGGUCAGAGACCUUCAAAUUCAACGCCCCGUUCUUCAAGAGGUUCCGAAACUCCGAAGACAGGAGAAACUUCGUAUCCGCCGGAGUGGCCGCGGGGGUGUCGUCAGCGUUCGGUGCUCCAGUCGGCGGGCUGCUGUUCGCGAUGGAGGAGAUGGCGUCGUUCUGGACCACGGCCCUGUCCUGGCAGAUCUUCUUCUGUUGUAUGAUCUCCACCUUCACCACCGAUCUCUUCAACUCCGCCUUCGAGGGAUUCAGCUACACCGGCAGCUUUGGCGAGUUCAAGCUGGAGAGAUACAUUCUGUUCAACAUUGAUAAGAGUGUUAACAUAAACAUCCUGAUGUUCAUCCCCACCGUCGUGAUCGGCGUCAUCGGCGGCGUCACGGGCGCCCUCUUCACCAUCAUCAACCUCAAGCUCACCCGCGGCCGGAAGCGACUUCUGUCUUGGAUCAGCAGAAACUGGGCGCAGAAGGCUUUCAGGCUAGGGGAACCUGCCCUGAUAAUGGUGAUAGUUACCACUGUGGUGGUAUUUCUGCCCUCGGCGUUCGCGUGUUCUCACUACAAGUGUAUGCAAGCGGAGACUGGUCCCAUCGUAACAGACUGCUUCAACGAUACCCGCAGUGCAUUGCACGUAGAGCCGGCCGUCAUGACCUACACGUGUGUCAAAGGUCACAGCUGGCAGAUCAGUCAGACCACGUGGUACACAAAUGGGACCUACAAUGAAUUGGCCUCCUUGUUGUUUGGUACUCUGGAGACAGCCGUGAAGCAUCUGUUUUCUCGCGGGACCCACGUCCAGUUCGGCUAUGCCACGCUGUUCACAGCCUUCCCCUACUUCUUCCUGGCUGUCUGCUGGUCCUCCGGCACCUCCGUGUCCUGUGGCAUGCUGGUCCCCAUGUUGUUAAUCGGCUCCCUGUAUGGCCGCAUUGUCGGCAUGAUUCUGGUGUCCAUGUUUGGAGUCCACACCGAGACGAGCGGCUACUGGUCGUGGAUGGACCCCGGGGCCUUCGCCCUCAUCGGAGCGGCCUCCUUCUUUGGGGGCGUGUCCAGACUUACCCUAGCUGUCACUGUCAUCAUGAUGGAGCUGACGAACGAUGUGCAGGUUCUACUCCCGGUGAUGGUGGCGGUGAUGGUAUCCAAGUGGGUGGGGGACUACUUCACUCAUCCCAUCUUCCACGCACAGCUGGAGCUCAAGUGUAUCCCAUUCCUUGACACAGAGCCAAAAAUAAUGAACAAUGGAAAAAUACUUCAGCUGGACCUGUUCUAUGCCAAGGAUAUUAUGUCCACGCCAGUUGUGAGAGUGCAUCAAGUAGAGUCGGUUUUCGUAAUAGCAGACCUGCUACUGACGACCACUCACGGGGGAUACCCUGUGGUCAAGAUGGACAGGCACGGACAGGAGAUCUUCUAUGGCUUAAUUACAAGGCUGGAGCUGAUCGUGCUGCUGAUGCAUGAAGAGAUGUUCCAGGGAAAUGAUGAAGCUGAGCCACACGAAGAGGUCAAACUUGUAAACUAUGAAAAGCUGAUGCUCGAGAAGUUGUCCAACCCUAAAGUGACCUUCGACACCCUACAGAAGUACAUAAACGAAGAGGACUACAAGCAGCGCUAUAUCAACCUGAGUCCGUACAUCAACCAGUCAUCCUUCACAGUGCCGGAGAAGUUCUCCCUUCAUCGUACAUACAUCGUACUGCGCACACUCGGCAUGCGCCACCUGGUGGUGACAGACGACGAGAACAGGGUGGUUGGCUUCAUCACACGCAAAGACUUGAUGGGUUUUAACAUCGAAGAGAAAUUGAACUCAGUGAUGGAGAAUCAGAUUGAGACGCAGCACAGGCGAGAAACACUUUGUAGUGUAUCGUCCUUACCCUCUUGAUAUUUGUAUUACUUUAUUUUAACUGAUAUUUCUCCUCUGGGUAUGGGAAAACACCAUGUCCAGGCAAUGAUGCACGUGCGCAAUGAAACCUCGUUGAUCCAUACAGUAGCGUUGAAAUCAUCCGGCUUAACAAGUUUUCGGAUUGCCUAGUCAUGGGUACUGGGUAAUGUCACCUUGUAUGCGUGCAAGCGCUUCCCGCAGGAAUAGUCCGGGUUGUUUCCAGAUUAACGGUGUCUAGAUUAGCGAGGUUUCACUGUAUAUGUAAAGACAGCGGACAUUAAUCCGUAUUUUGAUUCAGACGAUUUCAUUGGAAUAACACUGUCCGGAUUAACGGGGUGUUAUUUUAUCAGUGUUCGAGCCGACUAUAGCAGGUUUUAAUUAUUUUGAGGAACCCACAAACAUCGGGCCCGAUUUUGAAUGGUACUUUUUAAUAUUUUAAAAAGAACGUAAAGCACUUUUAUUGCAUCAUGAUUCAACGUUUUUACAACACUGCACACUACCACGUGGACAGGCGUUUUAGGGGAUGUUUUGUUUCCAUGUUAAAAGUAAGUAUUAAAAAAAGUAAAAAGUAAAUUGAUCAAUUGAGAUUAAGAACAGUUUGGAUGCAACAAGUGACUUGAUAUACUUCAGUAAUUUGUAGCGAAAUUACAAAUAUUUUCCGAAUAAAAUAAAAUGACAGUUAUUUCCAGUUACAUUGCAUCUGUAUGUAAUACGUUUAUAUCUAUAACGAACUGCAAUCCUUCUGAUCCAUGGCACAUUCAUUGAACUUUAUUUACACUCGGUGUCCGGGACGCCAACAUCGGCAUUACAGGGUGAAAUUAAUAAGAGUUACCUCCCUUUGUCCGAUGCUGUACAAGCUCCUUCCCAGGGCCUUAACAUCUUACCCUCACGGUAUCAUCGAGAUAGUAUAUAGAGAGCUCCUAGAACGGGCUAUCGCUGUGGGGAGCUUGGAUGUUGGAUUCACAAAACUAUAAUUAAAAAAAAUACGAACAGAGGAACCGAGGUAACUGUUUGUGUGUUCACGACAUAAUACCGAAGUAUAACAACACUCACCUACUUCAUGGAAGUCAAUCCAGUUUUCUUACUCUGUGACACUGUAUAUAGGCUGAAGGUCUUAAGUUCAAUAAACAAAUUUUGGCUUGA